AUGUAUGUGCUUUUUAGAGAUCAAAUAAAGAAUGAGGACGAUCAAAAUGACAAUCAGCAAGUAGAACUCAACCUCCAAAAUAAUUUAUCUUCGGAAAAUGAUAACACACUGACCUCCAAAUACUUAAGGAAAGAAAAUAGGAGGUUUAAGCAUAAUUUGAAUGUUUUGGAUAAAUAUAAGCCUCUGUCAAAUAUUCUGGGAAGUACAUACGAACAAAAACUUGAAUUAGCGGCUGACAAGCAAAAUGAGUUAGACAUAUCGAAAAAUAAGAAAAAUGCACAUCCAACGGGAAUUGUAAUAGCGGUCUGUCUUGGUACCGAUUUUCACUUCUCUGCAUUUGUAAAAGAUUUUAAAACGAAUAAUAUAAAUAAUAAUUUUAUCAAAAUAAAAAAAGUGUACAGUGAAGUAAUAUUCUGCUCGGCAUUUGAACAGAAAAAAAUUUUUUUCUUGUUUCGUUUUGGUUGCAUUGUCCUAUGGGAUUUCGACAUAAAGGAGAAGGAAAUAUUAUUUUUAAAUCUGAAGGAUUACUUAAGUGAAGCAUAUACAGAAAAUAACAACGAACUGGACAGCAUGUUUUAUAUCAUGAAUAUUCCGAAUGAUGAUAAUGAACUUAAAAGCAUAAAAGAAGUUGAUAGACGAUCUUUUAAGAUAAAGAAUGAUGUUAUUUAUAUUUACACAAACAAUAUAUUUGAAAAGUUAAGCUACUCGUAUGCAUUUGCCCAGAGCGUAAAGUUAUCAUACUUCGAAAAAGUAGUAGAUGAUACUAUUGACAAGACAAAGAGUAUACCAGAGUGCUUAGCUAGAACGGGAAAGAUACAGUUAAAGAAAAAUGACAUAAGUAAAAAAAUUGGAGAACUGUUUGUGAAUAGAUUUUAUAUUAAUUUGAACACUGAUAUAUUGGACACUCCAGAAAUUUUCUGGGACCACGAUGACUUUACUGACACGUAUGAGCAUUUCCGCAAAUAUCUAGAUAUCUCAAAAAGAGUGGAAAUAUUAAAUCAUAGGUUAGACAUAAUUAAGGAUUUGUACGAUAUGUUACAGAACGAGUUAACGAUUCAGCAUGGCUAUAAGCUAGAAUGGAUAGUGAUAUACUUAAUAUGCAUAGAAGUUAUUAUAGACAUUGUGUGGACAAUCAUUAUUAAGGGGGUCUUUAAGUGGAGCUAA